AUGCAGAAGACUGCCAACGGCCCGGGCCCAGUCCCUGGAUGCAGAAGACUGCCAACGGCCCGGGCCCAGUCCCACCGCGACGUAACCGGCGCACUCACCCUACUUUCCGAAGGCCCUACUACAACUCCCCGCUUUAGAGGCCCAAGCGCCUGCAGGUCUUACAGAGUUUACCGACGACCACGGUCUCUCUGGGGCGCAUUAACACUGCCUGACCCCGUUUGUGAAGACGCUGUACGUCGCCAACCCCUGAUUCUGCCCCCCACCCCGCCCCCGCUUUCCCGGGUUUCCACCUGGCCCAGCCGCGGUUCCCGGACCGCGCGGAUCAGACAUGUCCGGGCCUGCCGCUCGCACGUGGCCGCAGCUCUAGGGGGCGGGGCGGCCCACGCGGGUGCCCCGGAGCCCCCCAGGCACGCUCCUCGGGCUCGAAAAUCGAGCCCCGACUUCCCGCGCCCGGGUCGCACCAGAGCACUCUUCUUACCGUGCGGCCUCCGCGCUGCCAGCCAGGGGAAAGGGAGAAACGGGGUUUCCCGGGCGCACAAGUCGGGCGUCGGUUAUCGCGAGAGUUCAGGAGCUCGCGAGAACGGGUUUACAAAAAGGUGGCUCCACCUCUCUCAGGGCAAAGGUGGCUUCGCCUCCGCGGACGUGGGUGGGGCUAGUAAGGGCGGAACUGUGACCGGCAGCCGAGAGGAAGGACACGGAAGAAUUGCAGCCAGUCUGCCCUUUCUCGACCAGCAGUACUCGCGAGAGCAGGAGACGGAAGCCCCACCCUUCUUAGGGCGGAAAUUGCUUCACCAUGGCUCAGCAGAGCGGAAUGCGAAUGAGGCCCUGGAGGUGGGGAGUAGAAAAGGGCAGGAACAGAAGCAGAGGCGGGACCUUUGA